AAUGAGAGUUGCUGCUGUUUUGCUAGUUUGUUUAGUAUUAUGUUAGUGUAUUCCAGUACAUAAGAAAUUUUUGUAACUUGACGGGUAUUUGAUUAAAUGAAUAGUAGUCAAGAGAAUGAUGUUUAAUAUACAUCAGAGAAUUUAUAAGUUGUUGAGGAGAAGAGCCAAAGUAAGGAUGUUCAAAUUUUGGCAGCAUAAGAGAGUGAUUUGAUGAUUAAUUAAUUAGAGGCAUCUGAGAAAUAAGAUGUACAAUAAUCUUUAGAUGAUGAAACACCAUUGAAUAGUGCUUAUGUAUUAAUAUUGAAUAUAAUAAUAAAAGUUUGAAGAUGAAGAAAAUAAUAAUGAAAUUAUUGAAGAUGCUAGUUAAAAUAUAGUAGAGGAUUUGAAAUUGAUUGGCUAAUUGGAUAAUAAUAAUAUUAUUGAUGAAAAUCAUUAAGUAAUAGAUACUUAAUAAAAUAUUAAUGAUGAUAAUGAAAAUUAUGCAUCAGAUACUAUGAAUGUGAAUGAUGAAAUUUAAUAAGAACUUUCAGAUUAAUAAAAUAUUCAAGAGACAAUUAAUAAUGAAGAUAAUUAUUAUGAUGAUUCAAUUGAGAAUAAUGAUACAUUACAAGUAAGUGAUAAUGUCUCUUAAUAAUUAAUUGCCUAAACAAAUGAAGUCCCAGAUCUCACUAAUAUGGAUUAAGAUUAAAUUACACAAUAAUUUACUUAACCUGAAUAUGAAGUGUAACCAAAUCAAAUAGAAUAGACUAAUUAAUAAGAUUAAACUAUUAUUGUAGAUAAUCAAUUACAAAAAGAUGAAAAUCAACCAGAAGCUUAAAUUAUUGUUGUAUAAGAAUAAACUUAAAUCUAAUCAGAUAAUUAAGGUCCUAAAUAAGUUAAUAUUUAAUAAGAGAUUACCUCUUCUGAAGAUCCAAAUAAUAUAAAUGAUAUUAAUGAAGAGUAUUAUAUUUAAUAUACAUUAGAUAAACAUCCUAAUGUAUUGAAUUAUAUAGUUAAUGUUAUUACAAAGGAGAAUCAAUGAAAGCUUGUAAUGAUCUUGGAUAAAUGAAGUAAUUUAAUUUUAUCAUAUUUUAGAGAUUUCCCUUAUGAAAUUAAAUCUUUGAAGAUUCCUUUUGGAACAACCCUUACCAUCUAUGAUCAUCCAAAUUAUGAAGGAGAUAGACACACCUUCUCUAAAAAUGAAGAGUGUUUAGCAAAUGUAAUUGUUUUAACAUAAAUUACAAUUUGAAA